GUCGAUUCCCGCUCGAGAACCAAUUCCACAGUGCAUGCUUCUUUCUUUCUUGUUCCCAGAAGACAUUGAUAUAACCAGGGCUUUUGGGCGGUAAACCGAAGAAUCUGGAGCCUGGCGAAACAGCGAAUGAAGAUAUGGUGGGCCAUUGAUAUGUGACGAUUUGAUGUUGUGCGAUCCUUCUCGUCUGCAAUGUUAUCGUGAGCAGUAAGGACAAGCACAAAGACGACACUUCUUUGGAGGACUCGAGACCGCGCACCAACAAACCACCAACAUAUCUUCCCAAGGCCCUUGCCCAUGCAAUGUUCUGAGAUAUAAGACAAGGAUGGUCCAACAACAGGUACACCUGCCCAAUGGGCAGAUAUACACGGUGACUCCGGUCUUUGGAGGCUUUACUUUCAAGUCGAACAAUCUCGACCUCCAUCAUUCCCCGAUUCCUCCCGGAUGGACGGUCAUGUUGCGGACCGAAGACGAGGUCGACGAAGACGGGAGGAUGAAGAGCCGGGUGACUGUGAACCCGGAGAAGAAAGAACCUAAAGACGAGGAACCCGUGCAGAAACACACAGUGGUACACCGCUUUACCCAACCUACUAUCCAGAGCGACUCACUAUUCAUAUCCUCGAUAUCUAUGCCCUCGAGCUCCGAUUUCCGAAAUAAUGCCUCACCUACGAGACAUAUUGCCAUGAUUCUAUGGGCAACCUUGUGCUGGUACUUUCACAAAGAGCCUCCGAGCCCCCAUGCUCUCACAGAAGCUUCUGCAAAGACUCCAGAAAGCGGACGACCAAAACUCGAUUGGCGCAUCAAAAUCAAAAGGGAAGGCAUUUUCAAAGGCAAAAAUACCCUACAGAAGCUCGAACGAAUGGGUCUGAUCUCGAGCGAAGAUUCCUGUGUUGGCGCAGAUACCGAUGUCCGACUCCCGACUGGUUGGGGCGAGACGUUCGUGAGCAGACGGUCUUUUUGGCAGAUUGACGCCAGAAUCUUUCUCUAUACCAUGGCGCCUCAGCAGCAUUCUCCCUUCCCCCAAGCAUCUCCUCAUCCAUCGAGGCCGUCCUCACCAAAUCGGACGAUUGUUAUAAAUCAAAACUCUUCAGACCAUGAGCUGCCUCCUCAAUUGGAUGGUCUUUCUGCAGGGAUAGCCUCACCCGGCGGCCCUUUCAGCUCUGGAAGUCAUCUACCAACAUACUACCCUGCGCCGCCGACCCAAUUCAUAUUCACCAACCACAUUCGCCAUCCUAUCCGUUCGAAACCUCCUCGGCAAGGCGAGACAUUCUAUGCCCGCUAUAUACCUAGCCUGGAGUCGUGGCUGUCAUUUCGAGUACCGACACUUUCUCAGAAACCCUGUCCUCAUCCCCAUUUCCUGCCCGCUACAGGGUCCAUGUCCACAAUCGUGGCCAGUCACACAGGAGGUGUCUCGGUGGCCACAUUACCGACAUUUGCGAAUUUUGCAGACAGGCCGUGCGACCUAGAUCUGCUGCAUAAGUGGAUGAAUGAGCCCCGUGUGAAUGCAGCAUGGGGAGAGGCUGGACCGAAAGAGAGGCAAAAGAAAUUCUUGAUUGACGGCCUUGAAAGUCGACAUUCAUUCCCGGUGUUUGGUUGCUGGGAUGGCAAACCGUUCGGUUACUUUGAGGUCUAUUGGGUCAAGGAGGACAGGCUGGGCCGCCUUCUCGGUGGUGAGGUCGGCAAUUACACUCGCGGCCUACACGCUUUGGUGGGAGAAGACGAAUUUCGCGGCUCUCACCGACUCAAGGUCUGGCUGUCUGCAUUGGUGCACUAUUGUUGGCUAGCUGACCCAAGGACCGAGACCGUGAUGCUGGAGCCGAGGGUGGAUAACACGAAAUUCAUCAAUUAUCUGAAGGACGGUGGAUUUUACCAGAAAGGCGAGGUUUCAUUCCCGCACAAGCAAUCGGCUGUCAUGAAAAUUGAUCGAGAUUCUUGGGACGCACCGGAAUUGUGAUGAUUUGUCGGACGAUAUAUAUGAUUCAGAGCAUCUACCUGCACAUAUCUGGUCACCAAGGCUUUUGAAAGGAACCGAUGAAUGGAAAUAGGAGGCGAGCCUGUUCCCAGAGAAGUGGCACCGUCUGACAGGGCGUAUAUCGACGACAUAAUUCGAAGCCAAGCAGGUUCACGAUAGCAGGUGCCUCGACAGCAAGACAGACGCGCUAUACGAUAGAGUUGAUGGUCUUCACCCCCGUCAGAUGUUAAAGCUAUAUUCUUGUACGCGAAGGCCUCCAGGAUGACAAUGAGGAACGGUAUCUGUUUGAUCAUGAGGAGCAACAGCAGUCAGACAGUGCCACUUUUUCUGGAAACAGGCUCAGAGGCGACGAAGUGUUUGUUUGGUUGCCUGAUGUUCGCAUAGUUUGUCUACAAGGAAGACAUUGUACGAUCAAAUGUCGCUGUAGGACGCAAGAUAUAAUGUGCAAUGAAUAUUGGUUGCG